UUUUUUUUUAAGAUAUAAAAGAUUUACUUGUUAGUUUAAAAGUAAAGACUUUCUUUUCCUUUUCAAUUAUAUUAAAAAAAAAACUUUUUUUAUACAUUUUAUUUAUCAUAUAAUAGAAUGGAAAUAGAUAAGCUUCAAGCUAUUCCAGGAAUUCCUUUCCCUCAAUUAUAUGAAUUCUUUAUGGAUUGGAAAACACCUGUAUGUAUUGCCACAAUCUAUACUCUCUGUGUGCAUUUUUUCAAUCCUUCUGUGGAAUCAGCAAGACUUUCUCGAGUAGAAGCAAAGAAUCGUGGUUUACAGAAUGUAACAAAGAAAUCCAACAAGUUCAUGACUGUAUUUGUUUUUGUACAUAAUUUAUUACUCUCUAUUUAUUCUGGAAUUACAUUUGUUACUAUGGCUCAUAAUAUGCAUAAGCUUUUCAAUCGUGGCUCAUCUCUUCAUGAUGCUUAUUGUGAUAUGGAUAGUUUCUUAUGGAAUGAAGGACUUGGUUAUUGGGGAUAUCUUUUCUAUCUUUCUAAAUUUUAUGAAGUGGUUGAUACUGCGAUUAUUAUCUUAAAGGGACGUCGUUCAAGUUUAUUACAAACAUAUCAUCAUUCAGGCGCUAUGAUUACAAUGUGGUCUGGUAUUCGUUAUCAAGCACAGCCUAUUUGGAUCUUUGUUGUUUUUAAUUCACUUAUUCAUUCCAUUAUGUAUAUGUAUUAUGCUAUGACAUCAAUCGGCCUUCACCCACCUGGAAAGCGUUAUUUAACUUCUAUGCAAAUCACUCAGUUCUUGGUUGGUAUGUCGACUGCCGUUAGCUAUCUCCUUGUCCCUAAUUGUCUUAGAACACCUGGCCAACAACUCGCUGUAUAUAUUAAUGUUGGUUAUCUUUUACCCUUAACUUAUCUUUUUGUUGACUUUGCUAGAAAGACUUAUGGACUAAAUCUAUUAGAACAUAAAUCAAGAUAUUCACUUGAAUACAUUAUUAGGACUGCAGUACUAAAUACGAAUUAUUGAUUGUUGUACUUGUCUCCCUAUUUUCCUCUUUAGCAUUCUUAUUAUUAUAUACAGAAAGGAAUAUAAAAUACGCGUUUAACAAAGUAUCAUUUAACGUGAAUAGAUAGAAAGUAACACAUAGAAUAAUAUAAACAAGCUCAAGUCUUUGGAUAAAUAAAUGUUUGUAAUAAUGACUACAGUAAUAAGUCAAUAGAUGCAUAUGAAAUAUGAAACAGAGACUAUAUAUCCCCUAUGAAAUGAAAUAACUACAUUAAAACCAUUAUUUAUUGUAUAGAAUAGACUACUU